UAUUUGCGUGUAAUAUGUCAGAUUUUAUAGAGAAUCAAGUUCAAUCUCUACUCGCCGGACAGGCGUUAGAACCCGACGAUACACAUAAUGUACACGUUCUCGCAGAUGACACAGCAGGUGCGAAAUCAGGUCAACUGACAUCAUACAUUCCUGUUUGCCUGAAAACAGUGACGUACAUAGUCGCUGCUGUUGUUAUAAAUGACCAGGGUGAAAUGUUGAUGAUACAAGAGGCUAAGGCCUCUUGCAAUGGAAAAUGGUAUUUGCCAGCUGGUAGAGUAGAAAAAAACGAAGAUCUGCUCAGCGCAGUAAAAAGAGAAGUCCUGGAAGAAACAGGACUGGUGCUAGCACCAACGACUUUAAUACUGGUAGAAUGCGCUAAUGGUACAUGGUUUCGCUUUGUGUUCACUGGAGAUAUAGUUGGUGGUACUCUAAAAACACCCGAUCAGGCAAAUGAAGAAUCUCUGCAGGCUUGCUGGGUACGAAACAUAAAUGACCUGCCACUAAGGUCUAAUGAUAUCAUUUAUCUACUGGAGAGAGGCAAGAGUUAUGUUUUAAAUAAGACUGUAUCUCAGCAUCCUCAUUUGAUGCCUGUGAUUAAACCUCAUUCAAAACUAUUGCUAAGAUUAACAGUCACAUCUAAGAAAAGGGCAACGAACAGACUGCAUGUGCUCCUUUCUGACACAGAACAGUAUGAAUUACCAAUCUGUGAAAUCAACCCAAAUCGUAGUUUAUUGUCUACUUUGCAUAGUUUUAUGACAGAAAUAUUCGGAAACGACGUAGCGCAACACAAGCCGCAUGGCUUAUUGUCCGUAGAAUUUAGCAGUGGUCAAGGAGGAGACGGUCUGUGCUUAACGUUAUUGGUAUCCUUCAAAUUGCCUUUGGAAGACGUGCCUAUAAUCGGAAAGUACAUUUGGCAUGAACUUUCCGAAAACGUAGCAGGAACUCUUGAAGCUCGUCUGCCACGGAACAUGACUGUGCCGUUGAAGGUCGUACGUUAAUCGUACGCGAAUGUUUUCAAACAAUAACAUUGUUCCAUGAAAGUAACCAGUAUAGUAGAAGGCUCAAAGAAUCUUUUACUAAAACAAUGUUCAUGACAUUAACACCAUAGUUACCCUAGUCUAAACCAAUGACUUUAUAACAGAUAAUACUUAACAGAUAACAUUCCACAUUUUUAUCUAUAUAUAUAUAUAUAUAAACAAAGUAAUAAUUAUUGUAGGCAGCUAAAGUAUUAAUUUUAUAAUGAUAGUAACAUGGGAUCAAGCUUCUCACCUGAAAAGUAUUAUGAUUCAUUCCGAGUGAAAAAGAGAUUGUAUGCAAUCAUUACUGUUACAUAUAACAUAUUGUUAAAUAUCGAAGUAUUCAUGAUGUAGAUUGGAUAUGUCUAAGAAUAUGACUAAGAUUUAGAUGUUAUUUCUAAAUUAUAAAUUUGAUAAGUAUAUAUAUAUAUAUAAUAUAAAGUAUAUAUAAUUUGAA